GUAAAGGGUGACUAAUAGCACUCAUUAUGACUAUAAAUUAUCCAAUCCCAGAGAGUAAAUUCAUCACUGCCUCACCAAAAUAACAGAUAUCAUGGGAACUCUUUCCAUGAGAAAGAACAGAAGCACAACUUCAAUGCUUGUGUUACUUAGCACUCUCUUUAUUCUCAAUGACCGGAACAGCUUGGUUGUGUCGGCGGAUAACACAAGAAAAGUUCACAUAGUUUACAUGGGUGAGAAGCAGCAUAGUAAUCUCAAGCUCAUUACUGAUUCUCAUAUUGACAUGCUCGCGUCAGUUGUUGGCAGCAAAGAGGCUGCUGUCAAGUCAAUGAUUUAUAGUUACCAGCAUGGCUUCUCUGGAUUUGCAGCUAUGCUUUCAAAGGAUCAAGCAAAGAUGAUUGCUGAGCUACCUGGAGUUGUUCAUGUAACACGCAAUCAGCUUCAUUCGCUGCAAACUACUAGAAGUUGGGACUACCUUGGCCUUUCCACACAUUAUCCUUCUAAUCUCUCACAUAAAGCCAAGAAGGGUGAUGGAAUCAUCAUUGGUUUCUUUGACUCAGGAGUGUGGCCAGAGUCGGAAGUAUUCGAUGACGAAGGGUAUGGACCAGUUCCAACACGUUGGAAAGGUCACUGUGAUUCAGGACAACUCUUUAAUGCCACAGCAGAUUGUAACAAAAAACUAAUAGGAGCAAAGUGGUUCAUUGAUGGUUUCUUAGCAGAAAACAAAGAGCCAUUCAACACCACUGAAAAACCAGAUUACCUGUCCCCUAGAGAUGUUGUUGGACAUGGCACACAUGUUUCUGCUAUUGCCGCUGGCUCUUUUGUCAGUAACACAAGCUUUAAAGGCCUUGGUCUAGGAUUAGCAAGAGGUGCUGCAACCCGUGCUCGCAUAGCCAUGUAUAAGGUCUUCUGGAAUGUGGGACCAGUGAUAUGCUCAUCAGCUGAUUUAUUGAGAGCCUUUGAUGAAGCAAUACAUGACGGAGUUGACCUGUUGUCACUUUCUAUUGGCAGCUUUGUUCCCCUAUUUUCAGAUGUUGACGAACGCGAUGGGAUCGCUAUUGGUGCAUUUCAUGCUGUGGCCAAAGGUAUUCCUGUUAUUGCUGCUGCUGGAAACACUGGACCUCAUGCUCAGACGAUACAGAAUACAGCACCUUGGAUUCUAACCGUUGCAGCUUCUACUGUAGAUCGUUCCUUUCCUACACUCCUUACACUUGGGAACAAUAUAACCAUAAUGGGUCAAGCCUUGUUUGCUGGGAAGGAAAUCGGUUUUACUGGUUUGGUGUACCCUGAGACCUCUGAACUUGUCUACCCGAGCUUCUGUGAGUCACUUUCAUUUAAUAACACUUCAGUGGAUGGAAAAGUAGUUUUGUGCUUUACAACAGUAGGUUCAAGAGCUGUUCUAACAACAGCUGCGUCAGCUGUGAGAGAAGCUGGGGGUGUAGGAGUGAUUGUUGCUAGAAAUCCAAGUGACAUGCUAGGUUCCUGUGGCAAUGACUUUCCAUGUGUCGUAGUAGACUAUGAGCUUGGUACCCAGAUACUGUUCUACAUUCGCUCUGCCAGAUCUCCUACAGUAAAAAUAAGCCCUUCUAAAACUCUUGUGGGGAAUCCUGUGGCAACCAAGGUUGCUGACUUCUCCUCCAGAGGACCUAGUUCCAUUGCUCCAGCCAUUUUGAAGCCAGACAUAGCGGCACCUGGAGUAAGUAUAUUGGCUGCUAGUUCCCCUGCAUAUCCCUUUGAGGCUGGUGGGUUCUCUAUUCUUUCUGGGACAUCGUUUUCAACUCCCCAUGUUUCUGGAAUUGUGGCACUUCUUAAAGCAAUUCAACCCAAUUGGUCCCCCGCUGCUAUCAGAUCUGCAAUUGUCACAACAGCAUGGAAAAGUGAUCCAUAUGGAGAGCCUAUAUUUUCUGAGGGAUCCACUUGGAAACUGGCCGAUCCAUUUGACUUUGGAGGUGGCUUAGUGAACCCAAACAAAGCUGCAGAACCUGGUCUUGUUUAUGACAUGGGCACAAAUGACUACAUACAUUACCUCUGUGCUGUGGGUUAUAAUGACUCAUCAAUCUCUCUUGUUGUAGGAAAAGUAACAACUUGUCCAGGUACCAAACCCUCUAUUUUGGAUGUGAAUCUACCUUCCAUUACCAUUCCAAACCUGAGCAAGUCAGUGGUCCUGACAAGAACUGUAAAAAAUGUUGGUUCUGUCAACUCCAUGUACAAAUCCUUGAUCGUGCCUCCCAUUGGCAUUUCUGUAUCCGUUAGACCUCAAACUUUAAUUUUCAACUCUACCACCAACAGAGUCUCCUUCAAGGUUACUUUCACCACAACCCACAAAGUGAAUACUAGAUUCUAUUUCGGAAGCCUGACCUGGACAGAUGGUUUUCAUGCUGUAACAAGUCCUAUAUCUGUAAGAACACAGAUUAUACAGUCAUACACCGAUGAUAACUGAAAAACCAGCCUUCUGAGGCAUUAUAUAGUAAAGAUAGGGUGUAUUCUCAUGAUGAACACAGUAUAGUAUUCAAAUGCCCCUGUCUGGUGGAUUUCUUUGUCUUCAUUAUAUGACAGAUGACA